AUGGUGCUUGUGGUACCCUCGAACUCAUGGGCAAUAGGAUGUAUCUGCCACAGGGAUGAGUUCUGGACACCCGCAUUGCGAUCUGAGAUCCUCAUUCACUAUGAGAAGGGCGUGCCGCCAACAUCCGAAGAGCUUGCGAAGAAGUUGGAGAGCAAGAAGGAGACUGUGCAAGCCGAAGCCCUUGAAGAGUUGAUUCUGCUGAUGAUCAAUGGUGAGUCGUACCCGAAGCUGUUGAUGACUAUCAUCCGUUUUGUGGUCACUAGCCGGGAUCAUCGAGUAAAGAAGCUUUUGCAGAUCUAUUGGGAGAUCGUCGAGAAAACAAAGGACACCGGCGACCUAAAGGAAGAAAUGAUCUUGGUGUGCAAUGCCUUACGAAAUGACUUGAUGCACGCCAACGAGUACGUGUGCGGCUCGACAUUGCGGUUGUUGUGCAAGAUGAAGUACUACAGGAUCCUUGAGCCCUUGAAGGAGGCUGUUCUCAGGAACCUGUCGCAUAGGCACUCCUACGUGCGGCGAAAUGCAGUGAUGUGUGUCUUUUCCAUUGUGAAGAGCUUUGGCGUCGAAGUCUUGCCAGAGGCGCCUGAGGAUAUAGAGCAGCUGCUCUUGGUUGAGGGCGACCUCUCCACAAAGCGCAACGCUUUCCUUAUGCUCGUGAAUUGCGACCAGGAAAGAGCCAUCAAAUACGUGCUCAGCUUGCAAGAGCAGGUUAGUUCCAUGGGGGACAUUUUCCAGCUGGCGGUAUUGGAACUGGUGCGAAAGGUGUGCCGCUCAACCUCGGUCAACAAGGGCCGGUUUCUUCGCAUUGUUUUCGACUUAGCUGCCUCCUCAUCCACUGCGGUGUCUUAUGAGUGCGCCUCCAGUUUAGUGACGCUCUCUUCUUCACCAGUGGCCAUUCAUCAAGCUGCUCAGGCCUAUGUGCAGCUCUUGACCGAGCAGUCCGACAACAAUGUGAAGCUCAUCGUUUUGGACCGCUUGCGGGACGUGCAGAAACACCACAAGCAGGUUAUGGAGGGGAUGGUGAUGGACAUCUUUCGGGCGCUUAGCUGUCCUUCUCUGGAUGUGCGGAAGAAGGCUCAGCUGACGCAAAUGCUCAAGACGCUGGAUGGGUCUUGCAAGGCUCGAACAGUCAGUGAAGUUAUGCAAGAAGUGCGUGGCUUCUUCACCUUGGGCCAUCUUCUGUAUGCAUAUGCCUAUUUGCGCAUGCUCCACUACAAGGACCCCAACCUCUACUAUGCGUCGCUGUGGUCAGACCCAGCCUUUCUCCUGCCGAUUGUUUACACACCCACCGUUGGUGAAGCCUGCCAGAAGUUUGGCAUGUUGCCAUUUUUCCCACGAGGGUGCUAUGUCUCCAUCUCAGACUGUGGAAAGAUCAAGCAAGUGCUUCAAGAAUAUGCAGAAUGCAUGCUUCCCAAGGACUCAGAGGGGCGCUACGAAUGCCAGUGCAUCGUGUUCUCUGAUGCGGGACGAAUCUUGGGUCUUGGAGAUCUGGGCUGCUGGGGGAUGGGAAUCCCCAUUGGCAAGCUGGACCUCUACACAGUUUGUGCUGGAUUCAAUCCCUACAAGACUGUUCCCGUCAUCAUCGAUGCCGGCUGCAGCGAUGAAACUGGUAACUCUGCAAAGCUGAAGAUUAGAGAUCAUGAUCUCUACACAGGACUGAAGCAAGACCGCAUGAAGCAUGAAGGUCCAUCAGGUGCUAUGGUGAACACGGCGUACUAUGGGCCAUGCUCCCUUAUUGGUGAAUUCAUGCAAGCGGCCUCCGAACUCUUUUCGCGGAAGUGCCUUCUUCAGUUCGAGGACUUCAACACCAAUGACGCCUUUCCCCUUCUCCAGGAGUACCGGCACAAAUUCCUCAGCUACAAUGACGACAUCCAGGGCACGGCUGCUGUGGUCGUAGCUGCAAUCCUUGGUGGUAUUCGAAUACAGAAGCCAGGUUGCAAGGAGCUCAUCAAGGAGCUCCGAAAGAAGAAGGUGCUCUUCUACGGUGCCGGCUCGGCGAACCUCGGGAGUGCCAUGCUGUUGCGGGAUGAAGCGGGCGUGCCCGCCCAGUCGAUCCUGUGCACGAACUCAAAGGGUGUGAUUUGGAAGUCAGAGAAGGGCACCAAAGGCAAUUUCAAGAACUUUGAGCAGAAAGAAGUCGCAGCAAUUGGUGAACCCACCGGGUAUGACCACACAGAUCUCAUUGCUAUCUUGAAACAUCACAAGCCAGACGUUCUGAUUGGCGCCGUUGGGCGAGCACCGGGUUGUUUCAACCAAGCGGUGGUGGAGACCAUGGUGCAAAUCCAGAGAGAGAAACCGGGAGGUGGUGGACGACCCAUCAUCUUUGCCCUGUCGAAUCCCAUGAGCCAGGCAGAGAUCACCGCGGAGGAUUGCUACAAGUUCUCCGAGGGUGAGGCGAUCUUUGGGUCUGGGACCCGCUUCCCGCCCGUGAACUUCAAGGGCAGGAAAAGAGUACCUGGACAAGUGAACAACUUCUUCAUCUUUCCCGGGAUGUCCUUUGGGGCCUACUGGUGUGAGGCGGAGAAAAUCCCGGACAAAUGGUUCAUGAUAGCAGCUGCCACAGUAGCACAAUCUCUGGAUGAGAAGGACAUGGAGGUGGAGUCUGUUCUGCCGCAUCCUGCUCGCAUUCAGCAGGUGAGCCACAAUGUGUCCGUCAAAGUGGCCAUGACGGCUCAUCGGGAAGGACUUGCUGGCCGACCUUUGGGUGAAGAUACGGCUUCCGUGAGCACUGCGCUGAAGGCGGAUAUUCCUAACGGGGCCCUGAGCGGUGCCAGCCCAUCCCGUGAUUUGAGUGAGGUUGUGGACAUUUGCCUUGGCUCCUUGGUCAGCCCACGGAACAUCAAGGAUAUUGUUGCGCUGCUGAAGAAGGAGGUGAUCAAGACUUUGGGUUAUGAGGCUUCAAACACUGAGGGCAACCUGGAGUAUCGCCGGCUUCUGAUCCGAGCCCUCCAUGCAUGCACAGGUCAAUAUCCUGAUCAAGCCCAGAGCGUGAUGUUCCUGCUGAUGGAUUUCCUCACGGAGUCCGAUCAAACCACAGCCACAGAAGUGGUGAUGUUCUUAAGAGAGCUGAUUGCAAACUAUAGCGAGAUGCGUUUGCCCAUCCUUCAGCGGUUGGCCGAGUGCAUCGGUGAUGUAUCACAGUCGCGGGUUUUGCGUGGCUGCCUUUGGCUUUUCGGUGAAUACUGUGAGGAUGAGGCGCUGAUUGAGAGCGUGAUCCAGGCGGUCUUGACUUCGCUGAGGCCGCUGCCUUUAGUCACAGAAGAUGGGUCUCAGAAAGAGAAGAAAGAGGGCGCAGGUGGCGAGAAGAAGAAGGAGACGGACGUGACACCGGAAAAGAAGGCACCCAAGAUCACCACGAAGACAGUGGUGCUCGCGGAUGGCGAAGAGGAGGAAGUGGCCGAGGAGAAGGGCAAGGCCGACGUCAAGAAGACAGCCUUCCGGACUCUUCUGCUAGGCGGUGAUUUCCUACUCUCGGCGAUGGUUGGAGUUUCAUUGACAAAGCUUUGUAUGAAGCUGAAGAACCUGCCGGUGGCCUUGCGAAACGAGGGCCCAGUUGAAGAGAUUGCCGAGGGCGAGGAGGAUGAGGAAGAACUUGUUCCGGACCAUCCGGAUCAGAUCGGACCGGCCUUGGAGGAGGUGCUCACUGCCGAGGCACGCCGCAAGAUCGCCGAGAUCAAAAAGGAUCGAGGAUAUGGUAAACAGGGAUCCUCGUCCAUGCCGAACAAGCCCAAGUUUACGGGCAAUCAAGUGAAUGGCAAGAAAGCCAAAUCCAGUUGCUGGGAUUGCGGACAGCAAGGGCAUUGGAGUGGUGACCAUGGAUGCCCAAACCCCGGUGCUGGUUUGUUCAAGCCGAAAUCCAAUUCGGCAAAGCCUCAAAAGCAUGUUAGAGUUGCUGAAGCGUUGACCACCGAGAUGGCGGUGGAUGCUGAUGUUGAUGACACCCCAGCCCACGAGGUGAUGACCACCUCCCGGGUUAGUCGACCGUCGACCUUGGCCGAAGCAUUGCAAGGGUCGCAUGAGGUUCAUGUUGGACAGUUAGCUUCGCUUUCUUUGGACAAACGUUUGAUGGGAGCGUUGGAUUCAGCUUGUAACCGGACAUGUUGUGGGUCGGCGUGGGUUGAGCAUUAUUUAGCAGCUUUGCAAUCGGCACCUGAGGCUAUUCAACAGCUGGUCAGCCGAAGCCAGGAGCAGGAGACGUUCAAGUUCGGUGACGGUGGAACACAGAAGAGUUCAGUUCGGAUUCGCCUUCCCAUGGUUGUCGGCACGGACCUGGUUUUGACAUGGGUAUCCAUUAUUCCUGUGGGGAGUCUUGGGUUGUUGCUGGGACGUGACUGGUUGGAUGGCGUUGGAUGCGUUUUGAGCUUUUCGAAGAGAGUUAUGCGAGCAGAUCACUUGAGUGGACAUCACAUCCCCUUGAAACAAUUAGCUGCAGGACAUUUUGCACUACGGCUCAUCCCCUCGGAGUGGCCGAUUCCAGGCAAGAUGCGUUGGCGAAGAGUUGGGCAGGAUGGUGUUGCGUACACAGCUGGAAACUUGAAGGAAGCUAUGUGGCUCAGGGAUCGCCUUGGAUGGCAGACAUCCUUCGUGGAGGACCCGAUGCUGCAGGGUAUGCUGGCCGCAAGGUCUUCAAAAGGAGUGGCGAGCAAGAUUCGUCAAGAAGCCGUGGCAGAAGCCAAAGCAUUGGCCAGCAAGGCCAAAGAGGAGGGCAAGGAGCUUCAAGCGGUGAGGGAACUCAUCGGCCCAAAAGGAGGUUUACCGGCUCUCAAAGCCGACCUCCAGAAGCUGGCAUCAUUGCUUCACGUCUCGUUCAACGAGAAGACGACUGUCGAGCAGCUCAAAGCAGGCAUCAAGCCUGUGGUUCAAGCACUCAUGGCAAAAGCUCCAGCGUCAUCGAUGACCAGCAGUUCAAGUGGAGCAAGUUUUCAGGAGGAGCCUCCGAAGCCUUCCAAAGCUCCAUCCUUGGGAGAGCUCUGCCAGGACCUGCACCGUCGACGCCUUCGACUACAGUCGGGAGCCUUGGGACAGGAGUCAAAAUGCAAGAUGUUCAAGAACUUCUUUCGCAACAAGAUCAACAGUUCCAGGCAAUGCUGA